GUGUAUCCCAAGAUGGCGGCGGGCGGCUCGGCCUGAUGCAGCCGGCGGCGUUCGGCCGCCUCCGCCCCCUGCCCGCCACCCCGCGGGGCCCCCGGCCCGGCCGUGGCCUGGCGCCGUCCCGCGGCGGGCACACCGGCGGCGGCGGAGCUCCGCGGGCGCGCCGCGACCUGUACGAGGUGCUGGGGGUCCCGGCCACGGCGACGGCGGCGCAGAUCAAGACGGCGUACUACGAGCAGUCGUUCCGCUACCACCCCGACCGCAACGCCGGCAGCGCCGCCGCCGCCCGCCGCUUCGCCGCCGUGAGCGAGGCCUACAGGGUGCUGGGCAGCGCCGCCCUGCGCCGCAAGUACGACCGCGGCCUCCUCGGCCCCGAGGACCUGCGCGGCGCCCCCCGGCCCCCGGGCCGUCCGCCCACCCCACCACCCCCGCCGCGCCGGGCCGCCGCCACCCGCCCGGGGCCCCUCACGCCGCCCUUCGACUUCGACGCCUUCUACCGGGCGCACUACGGGGAGCAGCUGGAGCGGGAGCAGGUGCUGCGGGCGCGGCGGGAGCAGUUGCGCCUCCGUCGGGAGGAGGCCGCUACUCUGGGACGUUUCCAGGCGCUCUCCAACCUCUCGGCCGGGGUCAUCUUAUUGCUGGGUUUCGCUGUCCUCUACAGCCUCAAGUGACAGCGGGGCCACGGCAGGGCUGGGCAGCCACCGUGCGCCCAUCCAGCUGCAUGGCCGCGUCAGGACAGCGUGUCACCAGUGGGCCUGGUGGCUGGCUGGGGGGUGUCCCCUGCACCCAAACAGUUAGAGACACCGUGCGUGGGCUCUGCUCCUCAGGCUGAGAUGUGUCCCUUCUGCCAGUGUGACCUUCAGAGACAGUACACAGCAAGUAAGCUCUGUGUGUGUGUGCUGUGACCUGACCCCUCUGUUGACAUGACCUUCGGACAGAGUGCAACUGGCAGGCGUGGUAUGUGGGUGUGAUGUGACCGCUGCCAGUGUGAUCUGCAGUCAGCCUGCGACUACUGGAUGCCACGUGUGGGCCUUUUAUCCACAGGCUGCGAUGUGCCCUUUGCUGGUGUGACCUUGCAGAUGUGGCGUAGAGGCUCAACAGGCUGCCCUGUGUCCCCUCUGCCAGUAUACCCUGCAGACGCGGUGCCUGACAGGUAAACGCAGUUCAUGGACUCUGCUUUGUGGACCGUGCACUGGCACUGCUGUUUGACCUUGUUGAGAACCACAUGCCUGUUCUAAGUCUCAGCAGAGAUUAAAUGGCUGUCAAUGGUG